UUACAAGUCAUAAAAUAGAUUGAGUUUUAAGUGAUAUCUAAAGUGAUUACAAAAAGAUGGCAAACAAUGCAUACAAACGAUUAUCACAAUUGUCGACAAAAGAGAUAAAGACAAAUACAGCCGAUGGACGUAUCGGACGAACGACCAGUUAUGACAUGAAUUAUGCGGAACCACUGUAUCACACAAGACAUGGACACGACUUGAGGAAUAAAGAACUGGAAGAGACUAGAGCUCGGGUUUUACAGAUGGAAAAGACAAUGAAGUUUUGGAGCGAUUGUUUGGUUAAUUGGAGAGAAAAGUGGCGAAAAGUUAGAGACGAGAAAAAUAAAUGUCGCGAAGAGUCUCGCGCUUUGGCCAACAAAUUAGACCAAAUGACCAAAGAGUUGGAUAAAGUGAAACACGAAAAGAAUUUGUUGGACAUUAAAGUGGAUCAAUUAGAAAGUCAAAUCAAAUCAAUGGAUAAAUUUUAUAACAAUAAUAAUGAUAAUAAUAAUAAAACAUCUAUUAUGGCCAUCAAUUGUCCUAAAUUGUCGUACAAUCAAAAGUACCUAAAAAAUGUUUCAAACAGUAUUUAA